AUGAACCCGAGACUCGCAAUUUUACAAAAGCAAAAUUUGAGGCGCCAGUCCUCCCUAGAAAGCAUCCUUGAUUUCCAACCUGAGGCACCGUUAAACCCAGCGGUGCGCGACCGAGCUAGGCACAGAUUCUACCAAGUCGUCGGCGAGUUCGAGGGGUCCGCCGGGGACAGUGGUGACAACAGUAACACUAGGAACACUGGCGGUCGUCCCUGUUACGUCCGCUCACGGCUUAUCCGCCAGACAUACGACCAUGCACUUUCACAUAUAUCGCAGGAUAAUUUCCUUCGAGCUUUCUUUAGCUUACUUGAAUUGCCUAUGGACGGUGCCGACGAACCCCUAGACAAGGGUAUCCGGGCUAGGUUUUUCGGCUUUGCAGAUUACCUUUUCAAUAAUUCUUUUCUGCCUUUCAAAGCCUCUCCUAAAAAAGCUCCCCAGCCUACACCGGCUUUCCAUUCUGCCGUGCAACAAAUCGAACUUAGAGGAGCGGGAUUUGUUAGGACCAAGAGCGAAUAUCUGCCCUCCGGGGUAUUCGACUGCAACAAAACAGUAGAAAGGUUUAAAGAUGCUGGCAAUACCGCCCAAGAUGAGGAAGGUCACCCGCUCAAAGGGCAGGAGUUUGAGGCCAUGGAAGUCGCCCAUAUUUUACCACACUCUUUGACGAGGCUUAGGCCCCACACUUCAAGCCCUUUUUCCAAAGGCUUGGGCCUCAGCUCCGGCAGGUCCGCUUCCCAAUGGUAA